UUGAGUGGUAGUGGUGGUGGUGGUACGCAGAGCAGACAGGGACCGGAGACAGCAGACAGGGACCAGAGACUGCAGACAGGGACCAGAGACUGCAGACAGGGACCAGAGACUGCAGACAGGGACCAGAGACUGCAGACAGGGACCAGAGACUGCAGACAGGGACCAGAGACGGCAGACAGGGACCAGAGACGGCAGACAGGGACCAGAGACGGCAGACAGGGACCAGAGACUGCAGACAGGGACCAGAGACGGCAGACAGGGACCAGAGACUGCAGACAGGGACCAGAGACGGCAGACAGGGUAUUUGGAAAAAUGGCUUCCAGUGGGUCAGUAACCCUCCUCCUGCCUCCGGUCAAGUGUGUGGUGGUCUACAGGAACGGGGACCCCUUCUACUCCGGCAGGAGGUUUGUGGUCAACCAUCGACAGGUUGCCACCAUGGAGGUGUUUCUCAAUGACGUGACCCACUGCAUCCAGGCUCCGCUGGCCGUGAGGACCCUGUACACCCCCCGGCAGGGUCACCGGGUCAGGGAGCUGCAUGACCUCCAGAACGGGGCCCAGUACGUGGCGGCAGGCUUCGAGAGGUUCAAGAAGCUGGAGUGAGUAGCCUACCAGGCAGAAUUGUCUAGAUUAGACAUUGUCUUAAAAGGGCAAUUCCACCACUUUCUUUCCACAUAAUUUUACCAGCACAAUACCAGUGUCUACACAUGUGAAAACGCGAUGACAUCAUCAAAAUGUAAACCAUUUUGAAAACAGUGAUUUUCAAACAGUAUAAGGUUCGCAGUGACGUGGGGGAGCAAGAAAAUACCCCCCCCCCCCGGCUACAAACUCGUUGCAGGUUUUUUUUAAAUCACUGUUUUUCUUACUUUGAAUCCUACCCUAUCAUAUCACAGAGAAUUCUUAUAUUUUUAACCAUAUAUCAUAGAAACGCACCAUUUUCACAUAGACACUGGUGUAGUGAUGGAGUUAAUGAAUAUGAGAUUGAAAAGUGGCAGGAUUUCCCAGUAAACGUAAGCUGUUCAGUGGCAUUGCUCCCAGGUCUACCAUGUAUGUUUGUGUAAAUGUCUAGAUAUGAUGUUGUCAAAAUGUUUUCUUUGAUAUUUAUUGUUGUGUGCCCUAAUAAAUGUAGAUGGUAACCAUUAUGUAAAUACAUACAGUAAUGGGAUAAGCUGUCUCUCACUGAGGAUGACGUGUGAACCUUUAUCGUGUCUAUUGUUUUUUUCCAUGCAGUUAUCUGAACACAGGGCUGAAGAAGCUGCCUGUACCCAGGGGGGAAGGAGCUCGGGUAAGCUUCAAUGUGGUUUUCUGUCUCUGUCAAUGGUACAGUCCGUUACUCAUUAAUCUAACCUGUCUGUUAUACUGACACACACCCACUGAAAAUCAGGUAGAUCUGAACUGGUGCCAUUUGUAACAGAGAACAGGUUUUCUUUCACUGAGCGAUGGUAAUACAGUGGGGAAAAAAAGUAUUUAGUCAGCCACCAUUUGUGCAAGUUCUCCCACUUAAAAAGAUGAGAGAGGCCUGUAAUUUUCAUCAUAGGUACACGUCAACUAUGACAGACAAAUUGUGAAAAGAAAUUCCAGAAAAUCACAUUGUAGGAUUUUUAAUGAAUUUAUUUGCAAAUUAUGGUGGAAAAUAAGUAUUUGGUCACCUACAAACAAGCAAGAUUUCUGGCUCUCACAGACCUGUAACUUCUUCUUUAAGAGGCUCCUCUGUCCUCCACUCAUUACCUGUAUUAAUGGCACCUGUUUGAACUUGUUAUCAGCAUAAAAGACACCUGUCCACAACCUCAAACAGUCACACUCCAAACUCCACUAUGGCCAAGACCAAAGAGCUGUCAAAGGACACCAGAAACAAAAUUGUAGACCUGCACCAGGCUGGGAAGACUGAAUCUGCAACAGGUAAGCAGCGUGGUUUGAAGAAAUCAACUGUGGGAGCAAUUAUUAGGAAAUGGAAGACAUAUAAGACCACUGAUAAUCUCCCUCGAUCUGGGGCUCCACGCAAGAUCUCACCCCGUGGGGUCAAAAUGAUCACAAGAACGGUGAGCAAAAAUCCCAGAACCACACGGGGGGACCUAGUGAAUGACCUGCAGAGAGCUAGGACCAAAGUAACAAAGCCUACCAUCAGUAACACACUACGCCCCCAGGGACUAAAAUCCUGCAGUGCCAGACGUGUCCCCCUGCUUAAGCCAGUACAUGUCCAGGCCCGUCUGAAGUUUGCUAGAGUGCAUUUGGAUGAUCCAGAAGAGGAUUGGGAGAAUGUCAUAUGGUCAGAUGAAACCAAAAUAUAACUUUCUGGUAAAAACUCAACUCGUCGUGUUUGGAGGACAAAGAAUGCUGAGUUGCAUCCAAAGAACACCAUACCUACUGUGAAUCAUGGGGGUGGAAACAUCAUGCUUUGGGGCUGUUUUUCUGCAAAGGGACCAGGACGACUGAUCCGUGUAAAGGAAAGAAUUAAUGGGGCCAUGUAUCGUGAGAUUUUGAGUUAAAACCUCCUUCCACCAGCAAGGGCAUUGAAGAUGAAACGUGGCUGGGUCUUUCAGCAUGACAAUGAUCCCAAACACACUGCCCGGGCAACGAUGGAGUGGCUUCGUAAGAAGCAUUUCAAGGUCCUGGAGUGGCCUAGCCAGUCUCCAGAUCUCAACCCCAUAGAAAAUCUUUGGAGGGAGUUGAAAGUCUGUGUUGCCCAGCGACAGCCCCAAAACAUCACUGCUCUAGAGGAGAUCUGCAUGGAGGAAUGGGCCAAAAUACCAUUAACAGUGUGUGAAAACCUUGUGAAGACUUACAGAAAAUGUUUGACCUGUGUCAUUGCCAACAAAGGGUAUAUAACAAAGUAUUGAGAAACUUUUGUUAUUGACCAAAUACUUAUUUUCCACCAUAAUUUGCAUAUAAAUUCAUUAAAAAUCCUACAAUGUGAUUUUCUAGAUUUUUUUUCCUCAUUUUGUCUGUCAUAGUUGAUGUGUACCUAUGAUGAAAAUUACAGGCCUCUCUCAUCUUUUUAAGUGGGAGAACUUGCACAAUUGGUGGCUGACUAAAUACUUUUUUUCCCCACUGUAUUUGAGUAUUUAUUUGACCACACUUCAGAUUCAUUGUGAUUAAAUUUUACAUUUAUGUCAUUUAGCAGACGCUCUUAUCCAGAGCGACUUACAGUUAGUGUGUGCAUACAUUUUCAUACUGCCCCCCUGUGAGAAACGAACCCACAACCCUGGCGUUGCAAGCGCCAUGCUUUACCAACUGAGCUACAGGGGACUUGUGGUUUUGGAUGUGCUUUGCAUGUCAUAAUACUGGACACUGUGGUAGACCAAAGCAUGAUAGACCAAAGCAGUAGCAUAGCAUUGAUUUUUGGAUACAUGUAAUCUGUAAAUAAUGGUCCUCAGCACCAACACAAACUCACAGAGCAUGUAGACCACAAAUCAAUAACAGAUCAAUGUUCUGUACCGUAUUCGAGCUGUCUUACACUGGCUUAGGUCAUUCUUGGCCCAUUUCAAUAGAUCUCUCUUCAUCAUCGGAUAGAUUCAUAUAAGAAGGAUAGAUAUUGUAUUGAUGAGGUCAUACACAUUUAAACCCAUUUCAAGCGCACCGUCUCAAUAGCUGUUCGCACAAUGGAAAGUGCUUGCUUUGUAUUCAGCCCAAAUGGCUGGCUGGAUGGAUAGAGAUUAAUGUAUUUCAUUUUCAGCUGUGGAGCGUGUACUGAUUCAGAGCAAUAUCAUUUCGAUUUUGAAAUGCUAACUAUGCAUAGAUAAUAAACAGCGAGUAGCAGCAGUGUAAAAACAAAGUGGGGCUCAAAUAGAUUAAUUGUUCAGCAGUCUUAUGGCUUGGGGGUAGAAGCUGGUAAAGAGCCUUUUGGACCUAGACUUGGCGUUCCGGUACCGCUUGCUGUGUGGUAGCAGAGAGAACAGUCUAUGACUUGGGUGACUGGAGUCUUUGACAAUUUUCUGGGCCUUCCUCUGACACCGCCUAGUAUAUAGGUCCUGGAUGGCAGGAAGCUUGGCCCCAGUGAUGUACUGGGCCGUACGCACUACCCUCUGUAGAUCCUUAUGGUCGGAUGCCGAGCAGUUGCCAUACCAGGCGGUGAUGCAACCGGUCAGGAUGCUCUCGAUGGUGCAGCUGUAGAACUUUUUGAGGAUCUGGGGACCCAUGCCAAAUCUUUUCAGUCUCCUGAGGGGGAAAAGGUGUUGUCGUGCCCUCAUCACGACUGUCUUGGUGUGUUUGGACCAUGAUAGUUUGUUGGUGAUGUGGACACCAAGGAACUUGAAACUCUCGACCCGCUCCACUACAGCCCUGUCGAUGUUAAUGGGGGCCUGUUCAGCCCUCCUUUUCCUGUAGUCCACGAUCAGCUCCUUUGUCUUGCUCACAUUGAGGGAGAGGUUGUUGUCCUGGCACCACACUGCCAGGUCUCUGACUUCCUCCCUAUAGGCCAGGGGUGUCAAACUCAUUUUAGCUCAGGGGCCACAUGGAGGAAAAUCUAUUCCCAUGUGGGCCGGACCGGAAAAAUCAUGGUAUAUAUAACUUAAAAACAACAACUUCAGAUUGUUUUCUUUGUUUUAAUACGAUCAACAUACAACAUAAAGCUGGAGCCUGAGGACAGUGUGUCCAAAAUAGUACAAGCACAACAUCACUAUUAAUCAUAAAACACGUCAAGUUUAUUUGAAAAUUCUAAAGAAAAAGAACACACAAACACACAAUGCCUCAGUGAUUAACAGAACUGUUUCACAGAUCACAGAACUAUAUCAGGGUGUCAUUUCUCAGGCAGAAAUGUAGAUAAAAAUAAUGAAAUCCUGUUCCCCAAACAAGUGCAAGAACCACAGAGUCAAGAAUAGGUUAAAUAUACAAAUAAAAUAAAAUCAAUUAAAAACAAUAGCACAUCAACAUAAAAACAUAUAAACAUAAAUCUGAAAGCGUUGCUCAAACUCCCGUAACAGUCCCGUUAUUUUAUAUUUGAACCGCUUCAUGUCUGCCACAUGUUGGGUCGCACACACAUUUUUCAGACAGGGGAAGUGAGCUGCAUCACCACCGGCAAGUUGCGUCUCCCACAAUGACAGCUUCAACUUGAAAGAACGUAUGCUGUCAUAAUACUGCGUGACAACUUUGUUGCGCCCUUGCAGCUGUUUGUUCAAGUUAUUCAGGUGCUCUGUAACAUCCACCAUAAAUGCAAGGUCCGGCAUCCAUUCUGCGGAAUGAAAUUCUAACACUGGUUUGCCCUUUUCUUCCAUGAACUGUUCAAUUUCUUCUCGUAAAUCAAAGAAACGCCUCAGCACAGCACCUCGGCUUAACCAUCUUACCUCAGUGUGGUAUGGCAGGCCAUAGAUGUGGUCUUUCUCUCUGAGAAGGCUGUCAAACUGACGGUGAUUCAGGCUUCUGGAUCGGAUGAAAUUAACAGUUUGGAUGACCACCUUCAUAACGUUAUCCAUCUUUAAUGACUUGCAACACAAAGCCUCCUGGUGCAAAAUACAGUGAAAAGUCAAAAAAUCACGUCCUCCAUUUGCAGAUUGCACUUUCUCUCUGAACUUUGUCACAACGCCUGCUUUUUCCCGAUCAUUGAGGGCGCACCAUCUGUAGCCAGGCUGACAGCGCGGGACCAGUCCACUCCGACCCUGUCCAGCGCGCCGACGAGUGCGGUAAAAAUAUCAGCUGCUGUCGUUGUAUCUGUCAUCGGCACCAACUCCACGAUCUCCUCGGUGACGGUCAAUGUGUCAUCAACUCCGCGGAUGAAAAAAUGGCCAGUUGUGCAACAUCUGUAAUGUCCGUGCUUUCAUCAAUUGCAACCGAAAACGCAAUAAAUGACUUUACUUUUUGCUUCAACUGGCUGUCCAAAUCCACUGAAAGAUCGGAAAUCCUGUCUGCAACUGUGUUUCUUGUCAGGCUGAUAUUUGCAAAAGCCUGCCGCUUUUCAGGGCACACAAUCUCCGCUGCCUUCAUCAUGCAUGUUUUUACAAAUUCACCCUCACUAAAUGGUUUUGAAGCCACUGCGAUUUCAUUAGCAAUGAGGUAGCUAGCUUUCACUGCAGCGUCACUGAUGUCUCGGCUGUGAGUAAACACAGACUGCUGUUUCUUCAGACCCGCCAACAGUUCAUUCACCUUCUCUCAUCUCCGCUGUCCUUGAAAGUUGUCAUAUUUGUCGGCAUGAACACUCACAUAGUGGCGACGAAGGUUAUAUUCUUUCAGCACUGCAACAUGCUCUGAACACACCAAACAUACAGCUUUCCCAUUCAAUUCCGUGAUUAAAUAGGAUGACCAUUUUUCUUGGAACACUCUGCACUCUGCGUCCACUUUUCUCUUUUUUGACAGAGACAUAUUGGGGCAAUGAGGGUGCCAAAGCACAUAAUGUUAAAAGUAGAAGCCGUAAUAAAUAUUGCGGGCAAAACAAAGUAGCUCAUUGGCUGCACGUGCUUGACCUACUUGCUCUGCCCCGGUAUAAACAGUUUGCUUGCUUAACACAAUUGCUAUUGCGUCAUCCAGUGGACGCAAUUGGAACAGCAGUUUAUUUUAUAGAAAAAUUGCAGCUCAUUUUUAUACUUUACUUUUUUUUUUUUUUUUAUCAUCUCGCGGGCCGGAUUAAACCCGUUUGCGGGCCUGAUCCGGCCCGCGGGCCGUACGUUUGACACCCCUGCUAUAGGCUGUCUCAUCGUUGUCAGUGAUCAGGCCUACCACUGUUGUGUCAUCAGCAAACUUAAUGAUGGUGUUGGAGUCAUGCUUGGCCACGCAGACGUGGGUGAACAGGGAGUACAGGAGGGGACUAAGCACGCACCCCUGAGGGGCCCCAGUGUUGACGAUCAGCGUGGCAGAUGUGUUGUUACCUACCCUUACCACCUGAGGGUGGCCCGUCAGGAAGUCCAGGAUCCAGUUGCAGAGGGCGGUGUUUAGUCCCAGGGUCCUUAGCUUAGUGAUGAGCUUUGUGGGCACUUUGGUGUUGAACGCUGAGCUGUAGUCAAUGAACAGCAUUCUCACAUACAGUGAGGGAAAAAAGUAUUUGAUCCCCUGCUGAUUUUGUACGUUUGCCCACUGACAAAGAAAUGAUCAGUCUAUAAUUUUAAUGGUAGGUUUAUUUGAACAGUGAGAAACAGAAUAACAACAAAGAAAUCCAGAAAAACGCAUGUCAAAAAUGUUAUAAAUUGAUUUGUAAGUUUUGAUAAGUAUUUGACCCCUCUGCAAAACAUGACUUAGUACUUGGUGGCAAAACCCUUGUUGGCAAUCACAGAGGUCAGACGUUUCUUGUAGUUGGACACCAGGUUUGCACACAUCUCAGGAGGGAUUUUGUCCCACUCCUCUUUGCAGAUCUUCUUCAAGUCAUUAAGGUUUCGAGGCUGACGUUUGGCAACUCGAACCUUCAGCUCCCUCCACAGAUUUUCUAUGGGAUUAAGGUCUGGAGACUGGCUAGGCCACUCCAGGACCUUAAUGUGCUUCUUCUUGAGCCACUCCUUUGUUGCCUUGGCUGUGUGUUUUGGGUCAUUGUCAUGCUGGAAUACCCAUCCACGACCCAUUUUCAAUGCCCUGGCUGAGGGAAGGAGGUUCUCACCCAAGAUUUGACGGUACAUGGCCACGUCCAUCGUCCCUUUGAUGCGGUGAAGUUGUCCUGUCCCCUUAGCAGAAAAACACCCCCAAAGCAUAAUGUUUCCACCUCCAUGUUUGACGGUGGGGAUGGUGUUUUUGGGGUCAUAGGCAGCAUUCCUCCUCCUCCAAACACGGCGAGUUGAGUUGAUGCCAAAGAGCUCCAUUUUGGUCUCAUCUGACAACAACACUUUCACCCAGUUCUCCUCUGAAUCAUUCAGAUGUUCAUUGGCAAACUUCAGACGGCCUGUAUAUGUGCUUUCUUGAGCAGGGGGACCUUGCGGGCGCUGCAGGAUUUCAGUCCUUCACGGCGUAGUGUGUUACCAAUUGUUUUCUUGGUGACUAUGGUCCCAGCUGCCUUGAGAUCAUUGACAAGAUCCUCAUGUGUAGUUCUGGGCUGAUUCCUCACCGUUCUCAUGAUCAUUGCAACUCCACGAGGUGAGAUCUUGCAUGGAUCCCCAGGCCGAGGGAAAUUGACAGUUAUUUUGUGUUUCUCUCCAUUUGCGAAUAAUCGCAGCAACUGUUGUCACCUUCUCACCAAGCUGCUUGGCGAUGGUCUUGUAGCGCAUUCCAGCCUUGUGUAGGUCUACAAUCUUGUCCCUGACAUCCUUGGAGAGCUCUUUGGUCUUGGCCAUGGUGGAGAGUUUGGAAUCUGAUUGAUUGAUUGCUUCUGUGGACAGGUGUCUUUUAUACAGGUAACAAGUUGAGAUUAGGAGCACUCCCUUUAAGAGUGUGCUCCUAAUCUCAGCUCGUUACCUGUAUAAAAGACACCUGGGAGCCAGAAAUCUUUCUGAUUGAGAGGGGGUCAAAUACUUAUUUCCCUCAUUAAAAUGCAAAUCAAUUUAUAACAUUUUUUACAUGCGUUUUUCUGGAUUUUUUUGUUGUUAUUCUGUCUCUCACUGUUCAAAUAAACCUAACAUUAAAAUGAUAGACUGAUCAUUUCUUUGUCAGUGGGCAAACGUACAAAAUCAGCAGGGGAUCAAAUACUUUUUUCCCUCACUUUACAGUACCAGUCACAUGUUUGGACACACCUACUCAUUCUACAUUGUAGAAUAAUAGUGAAGACAUCAAAACUAUGAAAUAACAGAUAUGGAAUCAUGUAGUAACCAAAAAAGUGUUAAACAAAUCAAAAUAUAUUGUGGAUUUUAGGUUCUUCAAAGUAGCCACCCUUUGCCUUGAUGACAGCUUUGCACACUCUUGCCAUUCUCUCAACCAGAUUCACCUGGAAUGCUUUUCCAACAGUCUUGAAGGAGUUCCCACAUAUGCUGAGCACUUGUUGGCUGCUUUUCCUUCACUCUGCGGUCCAACUCAUCACAAACCAUCUCAAUUGGGUUGAGGUCAGGUGAUUGUGGGGGCCAGGUCAUCUGAUGCAGCACUCCAUCACUCUCCUUCUUGGUCAAAUAGCCCUUACACAGCAUGGAGGUGUGUUGAGUCAUUAUCCUGUUGAAAACAAAUGAUAGUCCCACUAAGCGCAAACCAGAUGGAAUGGCGUAUCGCUGCAGAAUGCUGUGGUAGCCAUGCUGGUUAAGUGAGCCUUGAAUUCUAAAUAAAUCACAGACAGGGUCACCAGCAAAGCACCCCCACACCAUCACACCUCCUCCUCCAUGCUUCACGUUGGGAACCACACAUGCGGAGAUCAUCCGUUCACCUACUCUGCGUCUCACAAAGACACGGCAGUUGGCACCAAAAAUCUCACAUUUGGACUCAUCAGACCAAAGGACAGAUUUCCACCGGUCUAAUGUCCAUUACUCGGGUUUCUUGGCCCAAGCAAGUCUCCUCUUCUUAUUGGUGUCCUUUAUUGGUGGUUUCUUUCCUGCAAUUCGACCAUGAAGGCCUGAUUCACUCAGUCUCCUCUGAACAGUUAAUGUUGAGAUGUGUCUGUUACUUGAACUCUGUGAAGCAUUUAUUUGGGCUGCAAUUUCUGAGGCUGGUAACUCUAAUGAACUUAUCCUCUGCUGCAGAGGUAACUCUGGGUCUUCCUUUCCUGUGGCGGUCCUCAUGAGAGCCAGCUUCAUCAUAGCACUUGAUGGUUUUUGCGACUGCACUUGAAGAAACUUUCAAAGUUCUUGAAAUUUUCCAGAUUGACUGACCUUCAUGUCUUAAAGUAAUGAAAAACUGUCAUUUCUCUUUGCUUAUUUGAGCUAGCUGUUCUUGCCAUAAAAUGGACUUGGUCUUUUACCAAAUAGGCCUAUCUUCUGUAUACCACCCCUACCUUGUCACAACAGGAAAGAAGGAAAGAAAUUCCACAAAUACAUUUUUAACAAGGCACACCUGUUAAUUGAAAUGAAUUCCAGGUGACUACCUCAUGAAGCUGGUUGAGAGAAUGCCAAGAGUGUGCAAAGCUGUCAUCAAGGCAAAGCACGGCUACUUUGAAGAAUCUCAAAUCUCAAAUAUUUGUUGAUUUGUUUAACACUUUUUUGAUUAGUACAUGAUUCCAAAUGUGUUAUUUCAUAGUUUUGAUGUCUUCACUAUUAUUCUACAAUGUAGAAAAUAGUAAAAAUAAAGAAAAACCCUUGAAUGAGUAGGUGUGUACAAACUUUUGACUGUUACUGUAGGUGUUCCUUUUGUCCAGGUGGGAAAGGGCCGUGUGGAGUGCGAUUGAGAUUGCGUCAUGUGUGGAUCUGUUUGGGCGGUAUGCGAAUUGGAGUGGGUCUAGGGUUUCCGGGAUGAUGGUGUUGAUGUGAGCCAUGACCAGCCUUUCAAAGCACUUCAUGGCUACCGACGUGAGUGCUAUGGGCCGGUAGUCAUUUAGGCAGGUUACCUUCGCUUUCUUGGGCACAGGGACUAUGGUGGUCUGCUUGAAACAUGUAGGUAUUUCAGACUCGGUCAGGGAGAGGUUGAAAAUGUCAGUGAAGACACUUGCCAGUUGGUCCGUACAUGCUCUGAGUACAAGUCCUGGUAAUCUGUCUGGCCCGCGGCCUUAUGAAUGUUGACCUGUUUAAUGGUCUUGCUCAUAUGGGCUACGGAGAGCGUGAUCACACAGUCGCCCGUAACAGCUGGUGCUCUCAUGCAUGCUUCAGUGUUUUUUGCCUCAAAGCGAGUAUAAAAGGCAUUUAGCUCGUCUGGUAGGCUCUCGUCACUGGGAAGCUUGCGGCUGGGUUUCCCUUUGUAGUCCAUAAUAGUUUGCAAUCCCUGCCACAUCCGACGAGCGUCAGAGCCGGUGUAGUAGGAUUCAAUCUUAGUCCUGAAUUGACGCUUUGCCUGUUUGAUGGUUUGUCUGAGGGCAUAGCAGGAUUUGUGUCCCACUCCUUGAAAGUGGCAGCUCUAGCCUUUAGCUAGCCUUUAGCUCGGAAGUAUUUAGUGUUGUGUGCAUUGCAUCUCUGCACUUAGCUAGCUACCAUCCCAUAGCCUACAUUGCCAAAUGAAGUGUGACUGGCUCAUCCGUGGAUGUACGGAGAUUUUUUUUAUUAAUUUUUUUGUCUCCCCAUGUGGGGAUUCGUGCUCUCUGAUUGGCUCAAAAUCCAAGUUGUUGGCCACUGACGAGCAUUGCAAUUCUACAAGUAGAAUCGGUAGGUUCGACGCUACUGAGUCGGCACCAAUGACAUAUACAAACCCUGAAUUACUAAUGCUAUGUAUUGAUACGUUUCAUCGGAACAUUGCAAGUAGAGUGCGAAUUACACCAUGACAUUCGGUGGGGGAGGGCGGGGUCUCUAUCGAGUGCACAAAAACUAUUUAUAGGCCUAAUAAUAAAGACGUAAUUUAAACGGGAAAAAUGAAUUACCUUUUAAUGUGGCAUGAACAUAACCUGUCAUGAUAUUUUCAUCCAAUUGUCAAACAAAUCACUUCAAAAAGUAGGCUACCUGUACAUGUUCACCCCCCCCCCCCCCCCCUUCUAGUUUUGACUUUGCUGAUAGCUACAGUCCUUUAUUGAGGAAUUGUGUACUUACUAUGCCUGUGAUAUGUGGUUGUCCCAGCUAGCUAUCUUAGGAUGAUUAAGGUGAGGGUGUUCAUUUCAUUUGGAAGCUUUUAUUUUCAUAUUUACCGCUGUAAAGCAUAUUUACCACUACAUUUUAAAAUAGGAGAAUGGUUAAAUUAGCAUUAUUUAGAGACCCCCCCAUAGUUUGACUUAUGUUGCUCCCCCGUAAUUCACACCUUGGUUGCAAGAACAUUCCUGUGUCCAGGUUUCUAAGGGUUUGAAGAAUAUUCCAUCAACGACCCACCAAACAUACACAGAACUUGGUUGCCAUGUUCUCAGAAUAUGAGAUAUUAAUGUUCUAGACACGUUUCAUGGGAACGUUGCAAGAACGUUCCUGUGUAUCAGUCGUCAGGACGUUGUCUGAUGGUCCCAAAGAAACGUUCUCCAAAAAUGGUUUCGUCAAUACACAUCACCCCUUGUACUGUGGCCGAGCCCAUCAAGGCUCUGAUUGGUGAACUACUGAUCCAUUCACAGCUCUUUGUUGGCAAGGUUAGGGACACUCACACAAACAAUGCUUUUAACAUAGUGUUUUCAACUUACAUAUUUGACACACUUUGACAUACGUGAUUACAUUGUGCAUGUUCAUUUAUACAGUCAUUAUUAUUCAACAUGUCCUCCGCUGGGAUUUGAAAUCACAACCUCUUGAUUCACAGCAUUUCGAUCUUCCUGCUGCACCACGUCUGUGUCAGUUAUCAGUUAUUAAUCGGACUAUUCUCUCAUCAUUGAUUUGACUGACUUAUUUCAGCAAUUUUAGGGCUUUUUGUAUAGUUGUCUAAUGUUGGUGGGGCAUAUAAUCCUGUUUUAAUGUUACUCCUGAAUCAAUAUGAUCAAUAAAAUAGUUUUUCUUGAGUGUACUUUUAACAGAGCUGAGAUUUACCUAACUUCAAAUAAUGCUAAAUAGGUUCUCAGGAGGUUUUUGAUAACAUACAUAACAUGUUCCCUUAACUAACCGAAAACUGGACACUCAAACAUAUGGGGAACAUUACGGGUAACAAAACAAAAACAUUCUCUCUCCCUAGAAUUGUUAGCUGGGUAACUCUGUUUAAAGAAUUAAGCCAUACAGUGGCCCCAUCCUGUGUUAUCAGGGCUCUGAACAUGCCUGGGCAGGCCUAAUUCCCAGCAUACCCAGCCCCUCGCUGGCAGCCCCAUGCCUACUACUCUGUUUAAAUACAACAACAAUGUUGCAUAGUAACACUUCAAAGUGGAAACAUUGUGAAACAUUGUAGAAACAUUUAUUAUCUAGCUGUGGAUGGGUUUUGUUUGAAGUAUUGAUUUAUAGUUAUAUUAUGUGGUCAGACACAAUGAGUGAUAUUAAUAGGGCUUGACUUCAUAGGGCUUGACUUCAUGGGGCUUGAGUUCAUAGGGCCUGACUUCAUAGGGCUUGACUUCAGAGGUCUUGACUUAAUAGAGCUUGACUUCAUAGGGCUUGACUUAAUAGGGCUUGAGUUUUUCUUUAAAUAGGGCUUGACUUCAUAGGGCUUGACUUCAUAGGGCUUGACUUCAUAGGGCUUGAUUUCCUAGGGCUUGACUUCCUAGGGCUUGACUUUAAUGACCCAUGGGGCGGCGCACAAUUGGCCCAGCGUCGUCCAGGGAGGGGGGAGGGAAUGGCCGGCAGGGAUGUAGCUCAGUUGGUAGAGCACGGCGUUUGCAACGCCAGGGUUGUGGGUUCGAUUCCAGUAUGAAAAAAUAAAUAAAAAUGUCUGCACUCACUAACUGUAAGUCGCUCUGGAUAAGAGCGUCUGCUAAAUGACUAAAAUGUAAAUGUUAAUAGGGCUUGACUUAUUAAUAGGGCUUGACUUCAUAGGGCUUGACUUCAUAGGGCUUGACUUCAUAGACUCUGGACACAAUAGAAAGGUCAGGGACAGUUUAGGGGACAGAGUGGCUAUAUACAGUUUAGGUAUUCAAUGAAGUGGAGCACUCAAUCGGUCUAUGUAGAUGAGUUAUGUAGAUACGUUAUUGGCCAGCAUGAUGAUGUGUGUUGCCAUGGACACAGCCCUCUGACUGACAAGCAAUAAUAAUAAUAGGUCAUAACCGCUUAUUGUGAAAUGUCUGUGGAUGUUCUGUUCUGAAAUUAAUACAAUUGGUAUUUACUUUGUUUUGGUAAAUUAUAUCAAAUGGCGUAGUUUAUAUCAAUGUUUCAUCACAUGGUUUAAUUUGGCAUUCACUGAUCAGAGGAAGUGAUUUUUCUUUCUUGUAUUUGAUUCUGACCGGCAAAUCUAUCUAAAACUACAGUGCUGUAUUCUUUUGUAAUGUUGUGUCUUUCUUUCCUAGGCAAGAUUACUUCACAGACCAAAUGUGUCAGCAAAAUGGAGAAAGUAUAUUCUUCUACCCUGUAUCAUACAGUAAAUGUCCCAAUUAACGCACUCUCCCAUUCAUCAUCUCAAAUACUACACACAUAUAGAAACACACAACUUAUUUGUGUGUUCCUUUACAGUGUUUUCCGCAACGAAGAUCUUCGCUGCUCGCCAUUCCGUUUCAUAAUUCCCAGGACCUGGCAGCACGACCUGGAUCAGAUCCUCGGUCUAGUCACAGAGAAGGCCAGUUUACGCACUGGAGCCGUGCGCAGGUCAGAUACAUACACAUACACAGACUCACACAUGCUUAUAGACAUACACACACACACACACCCUCACACAGCAUGUUUGACCUAUAUAAUGCCAGCCUAACGGCCCCUCAGUGCCCUCAGGUACACAGAUGACAGUCUCUCUGACCCCAUUAGUGACCCCUGACCCCGUGACCUCUCAGGUUGUGCACUCUAGAUGGUGUAACUGUGUCCAGUGCAGACGAACUGGUGAGUGGCCAGUACUACGUGGCUGUGGGAGCGGAGAGGUUCAAGAAGCUUCCCUACGUGCAGCUGUUGGUUCCUAAAGCCUCUGAGAGGUAUGGAUGGAACUAUCAUAGUACAGAGAUUGUUAGAUAAUCUGAAAAUAGAACAAACAGCUUAUAGGCAGACAAGACAAAAAGGCUUUUGUGAACUAACAAUCGCACUUGACUUCUCCCUCCUCUCGGAUUAUGGAUGAACUAUGCCCCUUUAAGCCUCCCCAAGAGGCUAGAAGCUCUUGAUUAAGUCACCACUCUUAUUAAAAAGGGAUCCAAAAGGAUUCUCCUAUGGGGAUAGCUGAAUAACCCUUUUAGGUUCUAGAUAGCACCUUUUUUUCUAAGAGUGUAGGUGUUGAACUAAGGUUGCUAUUGUAAUUUAACAAGAAGAUCUACUUUUUUAUUACCAUUUUUAAUUAGCUUUUUAUUUUUUAUUUUUUUAAUCCUCACAAGCUGUUAAACAUUUAAUAACAUUUGUAUGGCCUUAGGUAGUGAUUGACUUUUUCAACCAAUGGAUGGCUUAUUAUAACUGGCCAAUUGAUUGGUUGAUGAAUUUAUAUACUGUACUUGAUUGGCUGUUACUAUUUUGGGGGUGGUUGUUAUGCUGAUAGCUGUGGAGCAGAGACACAGUGUCUGCAUGCACAUUGACUUCCAACAUGUUGAGCACUCUGGACAGUAGUUUGGAAUUAUGGAAAACAGAUGUGGGGCCUCCCGGGUUCUGCCCUGCACAGUUCUAACAGGCCUUGCAUCAGGAGAGGAGGCAGCUAUCUACGCGCCCCCAGCGUGGAAAAUAUUCUUGCUGUUAUGAAAUUGUGUUUUGCAUGUUUUGUGGUGGUGAAGCCAUUUGAAUGUAAUCAGCUAGGAAUGGGGAUGACUUAUUUUUGUUUCUCUGAGUGUGUGUGUGUGUGUGUGUGUGUGUGUGUGUGUGUGUGUGUGUGUGUGUGUGUGUGUGUCUGUGUGUGUGUGUGCAUGUGUCUAAUCAAAUCAAAUGUUAUUGGUCACAUACAGUGGGGGAAAAAAGUAUUUAGUCAGCCACCAAUUGUGCAAGUUCUCCCACUUAAAAAGAUAAGAGAGGCCUGUAAUUUUCAUCAUAGGUACACGUCAACUAUGACAGACAAAAUGAGAAAAAAAAAUCCAGAAAAUCACAUUGUAGGAUUUUUAAUGAAUUUAUUUGCAAAUUAUGGUGGAAAAUGAGUAUUUGGUCAAUAACAAAAGUUUCUCAGUACUUUGUUAUAUACCCUUUAUUGGCAAUGACACAGGUCAAACGUUUUCUGUAAGUCUUCACAAGGUUUUCACACACUGUUGCUGGUAUUUUGGCCCAUUCCUCCAUGCAGAUCUCCUCUAGAGCAGUGAUGUUUUGGGGCUGUCGCUGGGCAACACAGACUUUCAACUCCCUCCAAAGAUUUUCUAUGGGGUUGAGAUCUGGAGACUGGCUAGGCCACUCCAGGACCUUGAAAUGCUUCUUACGAAGCCACUCCUUUGUUGCCCGGGCGGUGUGUUUGGGAUCAUUGUCAUGCUGAAAGACCCAGCCACGUUUCAUCUUCAAUGCCCUUGCUGAUGGAAGGAGGUUUUCACUCAAAAUCUCACGAUACAUGGCCCCAUUCAUUCUUUCCUUUACACGGAUCAGUCGUCCUGGUCCCUUUGCAGAAAAACAGCCCCAAAGCAUGAUGUUUCCACCCCCAUGCUUCACAGUAGGUAUGGUGUUCUUUGGAUGCAACUCAGCAUUCUUUGUCCUCCAAACACGACGAGUUGAGUUUUUACCAAAAAGUUAUAUUUUGGUUUCAUCUGACCAUAUGACAUUCUCCCAAUCCUCUUCUGGAUCAUCCAAAUGCACUCUAGCAAACUUCAGAUGGGCCUGGACAUGUACUGGCUUAAGCAGGGGGACACGUCUGGCACUGCAGGAUUUGAGUCCCUGGCGGCGUAGUGUGUUACUGAUGGUAGGCUUUGUUACUUUGGUCCCAGCUCUCUGCAGGUCAUUCACUAGGUCCCCCUGUGUGGUUCUGGGAUUUUUGCUCACCGUUCUUGUGAUCAUUUUGACCCCACGGGGUGAGAUCUUGCGUGGAGCCCCAGAUCGAGGGAGAUUAUCAGUGGUCUUGUAUGUCUUCCAUUUCCUAAUAAUUGCUCCCACAGUUGAUUUCUUCAAACCAAGCUGCUUACCUAUUGCAGAUUCAGUCUUCCCAGCCUGGUGCAGGUCUACAAUUUUGUUUCUGGUGUCCUUUGACAGCUCUUUGGUCUUGGCCAUAGUGGUUUGGAGUGUGACUGUUUGAGGUUGUGGACAGGUGUAUUUUAUACUGAUAACAAGUUCAAACAGGUGCCAUUAAUACAGGUAACGAGUGGAGGACAGAAGAGCCUCUUAAAGAAGAAGUUACAGGUCUGUGAGAGCCACAAAUCUUGCUUGUUCGUAGGUGACCAAAUACUUAUUUUCCACCAUAAUUUGCAAAUAAAUUCAUAAAAAAUCCUACAAUGUGAUUUUCUGAAAAAAAAAUUCUCAAUUUGUCUGUCAUAGUUGACGUGUACCUAUGAUGAAUAUUACAGGCCUCUCUCAUCUUUUUAAGUGGGAGAACUUGCACAAUUGGUGGCUGACUAAAUCCUUUUUCCCCCACUGUACAUCAACACAUUUUACCUCUGGAUUACUGAAGUGGGUGUAUUCUAUUCUAAAGAGAUAUUGGUGUCAAUGGGACUCCCUGUUCAAAUAAGGGUAAAAUAAAUAUAUGAUAAUAUGAUAUAAAAUAAUCUGAUAUAAUAUAAUAAAUAUAAUAUAAUAUAAUAUAAUAAAUAUAAUAUGAUAUAAUAUAAUAAAUAUAAUGUUAUAAUAUGAUAUAGUAUAAUAUAAUAUGAUGUAUGAUAUAUUAUAAUAUAUAAUUAAUAUAAUAUAAUAUGAUAUAAUGUAUUAUAAUAUAAUAUGAUAUGAUAUAAUAUGAUAUAAUUACUAAAUAUGAUAUAAUAUAAUAUGGAAUUCUAUAUCAUAUGAGUUUCACAUUAUUUUCCAGAAAUUACCCUGGAAAUAGAAGGCUGUCAAGGAGAUAUAAGGUAAGCUACUGUCUGUCUAUUACCUACUGUAUGUCUAAUACUUCAUAGUCUAAUAUAUUGUAUAUUUAUUCUGGUCUGUAGGACAGUUGAGCUUGGUUAUAAAGGUACACCCAGUAAAGCAAUAAAAACAAGUAAGCAUCCCAGAAGAAAAGUGCUCAAAAUAGCCCACGUUAACAUAUGUGGCUUAAGAAACAAGGUUAAUGAAAUCAAUAAGUUGCUAGUAACAGAUAACAUUCAUAUUCUGACUAUCUCUGAAACUCACUUAGAUAAUACAUUUGAUGAUACAGUGGUAGCAAUACAAGGUUCUAACAUUUACAGAAAAGAUAGAAAUGCCAAUGGUGGAGGUGUUGAUGUAUACAUAAGGCUGGCCUUGGGCUGUGCAGUUAACUUCUCACCUAAUCACCUACUAAUAGUCACAAUUUGGCACCCACAUAAUAGGGCAAGCCAAGAGUGCAAGUCCCCACUGGGCACACUGUUUUAAUCAAUGUUGUUUCCACGUCAUUUCAAUAAAAUUACAUUGAACCAAUGUGGAAUAGACAUCUGUGCCUAGUGGGUCUGGUAUGGAAUGGCGUUUUAUUUCACACUUGAAGCAAACAAAGAGAAAGCUAAAAUAGUUAAUUUAUUGACUUGUCAUUUUGAUAUAGUCCUGAAUUAGCCAGUCAGCAAAGAGUUAAAGUGACAGUACAAAAGUAGUUUGAUUUAGACUUAACAUGAGUUCACAGACAUCAUAGCCUCAGAGUAGGUGUUGUCACCGUCCCCUUUAGCUCAGUUUGUAGAGCAUGGCGCUUGCAACGCCAGUGUUGUGGGUUCGUUUCCCACGGGGGGCCAGUAUGAAAAUGUAUGCACUCACUAACUUUAAGUCGCUCUGGAUAAGAGCGUCUGCUAAAUGACUAAAAUGUAAAAGAAAUGUUAACUAGGCACUAAUUAUUUGGUCCCGUGUAGCUGAGUUGGUAGAGCAUGGCGUUUGCAAUGCCAGGGUUGUGGGUUCGAUUCCCACUGGGGGCCAGUAUGAAAAUGUAUGUACUCACUAACUGUAAGUCGCUCUGGAUAAGAGCGUCUGCUAAAUGACUAAAAUGUAAAUGCAAAAAUAUAUACAGUGGGGAGAACAAGUAUUUGAUACACUGCCGAUUUUGCAGGUUUUCCUACUUACAAAGCAUGUAGAGGUCUGUAAUUUUUUAUCAUAGGUACACUUCAACCGUGAGAGACGGAAUCUAAAACAAAAAUCCAGAAAAUCAUAUUGUAUGAUUUUUAAGUAAUUAAUUUGCAUUUUAUUGCAUGACAUAAGUAUUUGAUCACCUUCCAACUAGUAAGAAUUCCAGCUCUCACAGACCUGUUGGUUUUUCUUUAAGAAGCCCUCCUGUUCUCCACUCAUUACCUGUAUUAACUGCACCUGUUUGAACUCGUUACCUGUAUAAAAGACACCUGUUCACACACUCAAUCAAACAGACUCCAACCUCUCCACAAUGGCCAAGACCAGAGAGCUGUGUAAAAUUGUAGACCUGCACAAGGCUGGGAUGGGCUACAGGACAAUAGGCAAGCAGCUUGGUGAGAAGGCAACAACUGUUGGCGCAAUUAUUAGAAAAUGGAAGAAGUUCAAGAUGACGGUCAAUCACACUCGGUCUGGGGCUCCAUGCAAGAUCUCACCUCGUGGGGCAUCAAUGAUCAUGAGGAAGGUGAGGGAUCAGCCCAGAACUACACGGCAGGACCUGGUCAAUGACCUGAAGAGAGCUGGGACCACAGUCUCAAAGAAAACCAUUAGUAACACACUACACCGUUAUGGAUUAAAAUCCUGCAGCGCACGCAAGGUCCCCCUGCUCAAGCCAGCGCAUGUCCAGGCCCAUCUGAAGUUUGCCAAUGACCAUCUGGAUGAUCCAGAGGAGGAAUGGGAGAAGGUCAUGUGGUCUGAUGAGACAAAAAUAUAGCUUUUUGGUCUAAACUCCACUUGCCGUGUUUGGAGGAAGAAGAAGGAUGAGUACAACCCCAAGAACACCAUCCCAACUGUGAAGUAUGGAGGUGGAAACAUCAUUCUUUGGGGAUGCUUUUCUGCAACGGGGACAGGACGACUGCACCGUAUUGAGGGGAGGAUGGAUGGGGCCAUGUAUCGCGAGAUCUUGGCCAACAACCUCCUUCCCUCAGUAAGAGCAUUGAAGAUGGGUCGUGGCUGGGUCUUCCAGCAUGACAACGACCCGAAACACACAGCCAGGGCAACUAAGGAGUGGCUCCGUAAGAAGCAUCUCAAGGUCCUGGAGUGGCCUAGCCAGUCUCCAGACCUGAACCCAAUAGAAAAUCUUUGGAGGGAGCUGAAAGUCCGUAUUGCCCAGCGACAGCCCCGAAACCUGAAGGAUCUGGAGAAGGUCUGUAUGGAGGAGUGGGCCAAAAUCCCUGCUGCAGUGUGUGCAAACCUGGUCAAGACCUACAGGAAACAUAUGAUCUCUGUAAUUGCAAACAAAGGUUUCUGUACCAAAUAUUAAGUUCUGCUUUUCUGAUGUAUCAAAUACUUAUGGCAUGCAAUAAAAUGCAAAUGAAUUACUUAAAAAUCAUACAAUGUGAUUUUCUGGAUUUUUGUUUUAGAUUCCGUCUCUCACAGUUGAAGUGUACCUAUGAUAAAAAUUACAGACCUCUACAUGCUUUGUAAGUAGGAAAACCUGCAAAAUCGGCAGUGUAUCAAAUACUUGUUCUCCCCACUGUAUAUUCAGAACCACAUUCCUGUAAAGAUUAGAGAGGAUCUCAUGUUAAAUACCGUUAUAAUAUGGCUGCAGGUUCAUCUGCCUCACCUAAAGCCCAUUCUGGUGGGAAGCUGCUAUAGACCACCAAGUGCUAACAGUCGGUAUCUGGAUAACAUGUGUGAAAUGCUUGAUAAUGUAUCUGAUGUCAGUAGAGAGGUAUACUUUCUUGGUGGUUUAAAUAUUGACUGGCUUUCAUCAGGCUGCCCACUCAUGAGAAAGCUUCAAACUGUAACUAGUGCCUGCAACCUGGUUCAGGUUACCAAUCAACCUACCAGGGUAGUUACAAACAGUACAGGAAUGAAAUCAUCAACAUGUAUUGAUCAUAUCUUUACUAGUGCUGCGGAGAUUUGUUUGAAAGCAGUAUCCAAAUCCAUCGGAUGUAGUGAUCACAAUAUAGUAGUCAUAUCUAGGAAAACCAAAGUUCCAAAGGCUGGACCUAAUAUAGUGUAUAAGAGGCAUACAAUAAGUUUUGCAGUGAUUCCUAUGUUGUUGAUGUAAAUAAUAUAUGUUGGUCCGUGGUGUGUAAUGAGGAGCAAAUAGACACUGCACUUGACACAUUUUAUGAAAUUGCUUAUUUCAGUUACUAAUAAGCAUGCACCCACUAAGAAAAUGACAGUAAAAACGGUUAAAUUGAUGAGGAAUUGAACAAUUGUAUGGUUGAGAGGGAUGAAGCAAUAGGAAUGGCAAAUAAGUCUGGCUGCUGUCACACCCGGGCUCUGGGACUCUAUAUGUUGAGCCAGGGUGGGGUCAUUCUAUGUGGUGUAUUUCUAUGUUGGGAGUUCUGGUUUGUUUAUUUCUAUGUUGGCUAGAGUGACUCCCAAUCAGAGGCAACGAGUGUCAGCUGUGGCUGGUUGUCUCUGAUUGGGAGCCAUAUUUAUACUGUCUGUUUUCUCUUUGUUAUUGUGGGAUCUUGUUCUAGUUAGGUUUGUGUUUGACCGUUGGCUGUCACGUUAUCGUGUUUGUUGUUUUUGUCGUUAUUCACUUAAUAAACAAGUAUGUUCGCUACUAACGCUGCGCAUUGGUCUACUCCAUACGACGAUCGUGACAGCUGCACAACUGAUUGGCAAAUGUAUUGCAAAUUGAGAAAUCAUGUGACUAAACUGAAUAAAAAGAAGAAGAAAUUACACUAUGAAACAAAGAUAAAUGACAUAAAGAAUGAUAGUAAAAAGCUUUGGAGCACCUUGAAUGACAUUUUGGAGGAAAAAACUAACUCAGCUCCAUCAUUCAUUGAAUCAGAUGGCUCAUUCAUCACAAAACCAACUGAUAUUGCCAACUACUUUAAUGAUUUUUUAAAUUGGCAUGAUUAGCAAACUUAGGCAUGACACUACACAUCCAGUUAUAACUGACCAAAUUAUGAAAGACAAGCGUUGUAAUUUAGAAUUCCGUAAAGUGAGUGUGGAAGAGGUGAACAAACGAUUGUUGUCUAUCAACAAUGACAAGCCACCGGGGUCUGACAACUGGGAUGGUAUAUUACUGAGGAUAAUAGUGGACGAUAUUGCCACUUCAAUUUAAGCCUACUAGAAAGUGUGUGCCCUCAGGCCUGGAGGGAAGCAAAAGUCAUUCCGCUACCUAAGAAUAGUAAAGCUCCCUUUACUGGCUCAAACAGCCGACCAAUCAGCCUGUUACCAACCCUUAGUAAAGUUUUGGAAAAAAUUGUGUUUGACCAGAUACAAUGCUAUUUCACAGUAAACAAAUUGACAACAAACUUUCAGCACAAGCACAGCACUUACACAAAUGACUGAUGAUUGGCUUAGAGAAAUUGAUGAUAAAAAGAUUGUGGGGGCUGUUUUGUUAGACUUCAGUGCAGCUUUUGACAUUAUUGAUCAUAGUCUGCUGCUGGAAAAACGUAUGUGUUAUGGCUUUACACCCACUGCUAUAAUGUGGAUAAAGAGGUACCUGUCUAACAGAACACAGAGGGUAUUCUUUAAUGGAAGCCUCUCCAACAUAAUCCAGGUAGAAUCAGGAAUUCCCCAGGGCAGCUGUCUAGACCCAUUACUUUUUUCAAUCUUUACUAAUGACAUGCCACUGGCUUUGAGUAAAGCCAGAGUGUCUAUGUAUGCGGAUGACUCAACACUGUACAUGUCAGUUACUACAGCGACUGAAAUGACUGCAACACUUAAAGAGUUGCAGUUAGUUUCAGAGUGGGUGGCAAGGAAUAAGUUAGUCCUAAAUAAAGCACUGCUCAACCUUCUUAACAGCAUUAUCAACAAGGCAGCUCCUACAGGCACUAGUUUUGUCACACCUUGACUAAUGUUCAGUCGUGUGGUCAAGUGCCACAAAAAAGGAGAGAUCUAUCAUGGCUCAAAGGGGAGGAGAGAUUGACUUCAUCACUACUUGUAUUUGUGAGAGGUAUUGACAUGUUGAAUGCACCGAGCUGUCUGUUUGAACUACUGGCACACAGCUCAGACACCCAUGCAUACCCCACAAGACAUGCCACCAGAGGUCUCUUCAUAGUCCCCAAGUCCAGAACAGACUAUGGGAGGUGCACAGUACUACAUAGAGCCAUGACUACACAGAACUCUAUUCCACAUAAAGUAACUGAUGCAAGCAGUAAAAUUAGAUUUAAAAAAAAGAAAAGAUAAAAAUAUACCUUAUGGAACAGCGGGGACUGUGAAGCAACACAAACAUAGGCCCAGACACAUGCAUACACACACAUGAUAACAUACGCACUAUACACUAUGUCUCCCGAGUGGCGCAGCAGUCUAAGGCACUGCAUCGCAGUGCUAGCUGUGCCACUAGAGAUCCUGGUUCGAAUCCAGGCUCUGUCGUAGCCAGCCGCGACCAGGAGACCCAUGGGGCGGCGCACAAUUGGCCCAGGGUAGGGGAGGGAAUGGCCGGCAGGGAUGUAGCUCAGUUGGUAGAGCAUGGCGUUUGCAACGGCAGGGUUGUGGGUUCGAUUCCCACGGGGGGCCAGUAUGAAAAAAUAAAUUAAAAAAAUAAUAAUGUAUGCACUCACUAACUGUAAGUCGCUCUGGAUAAGAGCGUCUGCUAAACGACUAAAAUGUAAAUACACACACAUACACAUGGAUUUUGUGUUGUAGGUAUUUGGUAGUGGUGGAGUAGGGGCCUGAGGUCACACAGUGUGUUGUGAAAUCUGUGAAUGUAUUGUAAUGUUUUUAAAAUUGUAUGAACUGCCUAAAUUUUGCUGGACCCCAUGGGGAUCCAUAAUAAAUACAAAAUACACCCUGUCUCCCUUUGUCUUGCUCAGGGGAGGAAGGCAGCCAGUGGCCCUGAGGACAGCUACAGUGACUCUGCUCUCCUGGACUUUCCAGAGGUACUGUCAGAAAACUGUAGCGAAAAUGUAGCGGAAAAUAAUGUUUCUUAUUGGACAAGUCCAAGUAGCCCAGCCCGGUUUCAGUCUGUUUUCUUCCAUUUGGUGGAUAAUAAACACAACCCUGGUGUUGUUGUCCCAGUCAGAUGGGCGAAGGGUGAAGUCCACUGGGGACAAGGUGGGGGAGAUGGCUCUCCCAUCCAUCCAGAGGAGACCAGUGAAGGAGGAGAGCUCUAUCUUCUACGCCAGAUCAGUGAAGGUCCGAGCGAGGAACAGAGCCCAUCCCCGGCCUCCACCAAAGAGUGGACCAGGUAGGAGCACACACACACUCCAAUUACGUUGGGGCCAGUGUCAGUCUUGCUGUUCUCACCAAGGACCUGAUUUGCAUAGGAAUUAGAUACCAGAAGGGGAGCCAUAAGAAAGCAGCUUGUGGGUCUGGUGUUGCCCUGGCAUAUGGUCUGGUGUUGCCCUGGCAUAUGGUCUGGUGUUGCCCUGGCAUAUGGUCUGGUGUUGCCAUGGCAUAUGGUCUGGUGUUGCCAUGGCAUAUGGUCUGGUGUUGCCCUGGCAUAUGGUCUGGUGUUGCCCUGGCAUAUGGUCUGGUGUUGCCCUGGCAUAUGGUCUGGUGUUGCCCUGGCAUAUGGUCUGGUGUUGCCCUGGCAUAUGGUCUGGUGUUGCCCUGGCAUAUGGUCUGGUGUUGCCCUGGCAUAUGGUCUGGUGUUGCCCUGGCAUAUGGUCUGGUGUUGCCCUGGCAUAUGGUCUGGUGUUGCCCUGGCAUAGUGUGAAAUAUUGCAUUCAUGAUUGUGUCUAUGCACAUUUACAAUGAUUGAUCAUUCAUGUUCAUGUUGGUGUGUGUGUGUUUGAGUUGCAGCCCAGGCCAGUGUGUUCAAAGCUGUACGGAGGAGGAGAGAGGAGGUGCAGGGGGCUGAGGAGGUGCUGGAGGAUAAGAACACAGCAGUAGAUCUCCCCGUUGACCAGGUAGGCCUAUACCUUUUAUUGUCCUCUUACCCAAAGCUCUCCGUUCCAUGACAGUGACCACGCCCUCCACUCUGAGAUCCAGCUCUCCUUUGUACCCACCACCAUAAACAUGUUAAACACAGGGCCCUGGCAGGGAAAGGGAAUCAAAUGGUCCUGAUUUGGACAUGCACUCUAUUGCCUGAAGUUGCAUAUAAUUAUGUUUCUGUGUACUUUGUGGGGUGUUGUUGUUUUUAAACUCUUUUGUAUGUGCUCUAAGUUUUUUCAUCGUGUUAACCCUGCCUAUAACCAAAUGUCCUUCUGGGUUACAAUCAAGUUUAAACUGUUCGUUCUUCCCUUAGCAGUGCAAUGGGACCAUUUACCAUUUCUCUCCUUGAAAUAAUGUGUAUGAGGGUUAUAUGUAAUGUGUUUAGGUGUGGUUUAUAGUUAAGCAAACUGUAGUAUUGUGUCUUUAUCUUUUAGAGCGUGGCAGAGACAGUGGAGGACGAGGACCUCAUUGGGAGAAAUCCUCCUCAUUCAAACAGCCGAGAUCAGGUGGGUUUCUGUCUGGGAUAGCCUCAUUCCUUGAGUAGCAUGAGGUUUUGUAGAAGUCACAGUUUUAUACACGUUUAUUCACGCCGGUUUUAUGAUUGGUUGUUGUUAGUGUGAAAGGUUUGACACUUUGUAUUUUUCUUCUCUAGACUUUGACCAAGGCUACAGAGGGUAAAAUGUUCAGUGAAAAAUAUCCCCUUCCUCACCCAGAACACCCAGACAAGGUUUGUCUGGUCGAGGAUCAUCACUCAUGAUUUGCCAAAUCAUUCUCAAAAUGUUUACCCUACCGAGAUAUGCUGUGACAUUUACAUUUUUACAUUUGAGUCUGCUGUUAGAUGAUAGAACCACUCAAACAAUUGUGAUUCACAAAGGUGGAAUCAUCGACUGAGAAAGACAGGAACUCACCUGCAAAUACCAGCUCUACAAUCUGCAAAGAGGAUGACGUCAAUGGGAGCCCUAUGCCUGAUACAGAAGCGCCACAGGUACAGAAAGCUUUCAUUCAUUAAGUACAGUGCAAUUAAGAAAAUAGCACAUACCUUUCACUACUUUAGGGCUCAUCUUGCCUGUCUGUCUGUAGGUAGAGACUGAGGAAAAGGCAUAUGUGUGUGUGUGUGUGUGUGAGAGAGAGAUAUAUUCAUGAGCCAGAUAACACAGACGACAGUGAUCGUGUGUGUGUGUGUGUGUGUGUGUGUGUGUGUGUGUGUGUGUGUGUAUACAUACAGUAUAUACUGAGUGUACAAAGCAUUAAGAACAUCUUCCUAAUAUUGAGUUGUACCCUCCCCCCUUUUGCCCUCAGAACAGCCUCAAAGGUGUCGAAAGCGUUCCACAGGGAUGCUGGCCCAUGUUGACUCCAGUGCUCCCCACAGUUGUGUAAAAUUGGCUGGAUGUCCUUUGGGUGGUGGACCAUUCUUGAUACAAACGGGAAACUGUUGAGCGUGAAAAAGCCCGGCAGCGUUGCAGUUCUUGACACAAACCGGUGCACCUAACUAGGGCUGUGGCUGUCACGAAAUUUCAUCAGCCGGUGAUUGUCAUGCAAAUAACUGUCGGUAUCACGGUAAUUGACCGUUAAUUAACAUAAACACAUUCAGCAUCUCCUGGCUUCCACACAUAGCCUACAAGCCACUGAUGCAGACCUUUGGAACAUCUACAUUUAAAAAAGUCUAAUAAAUCUAUGUAAUAUAGCCUACACCUUCACAAUUAAUCCAUGAUUUAUUUUAGACAGGUCUAAAGAAACAUGAUAUGAAGAAAAUGUAGUCUAUUUCAGAAGAACAGAAUUGCAUACUCUGAGUUGUCCUUAUGUUAGGUCCUGAUCUGGCUAUGCCAUAUUGAUGUGGGCUACACUCAUUUAGCAGACAAGAUUUGCUUAGAAUUCCGUGGCAUUAUUUUAUAUUAUAGUAUGAAGAAUACAAAUGAACAAAGCUGAAUAAAAUAGAAAGGAUAUUUUCUCCAAACGAUUUGACUGAGUGCGCACAUGCGGCUAUUCCGUGUUGAGCGGUUAACAAAGAAAUAGGUACUCCUAUAUGCUUCAUUUAGAGUUAUUAAUGUAACUUUAGUUGUUCUACAGACGUUGGGCUAUAUGUUUCGAUUUUCAAUUACAUUUGAGAAGCACUUGAUAAUGCCUCGAAUUUCCCGGCGGCAUCCCCUUUGUGUGGUCGUAAAGCACCCUAAAAAACAUCCAUGCCUUUUGCAGCCCUUCUCCCUGAGUGCUGCAUGAUCCGAAGCACCUGUCACUCACAUGGCUCUCCAUCUCCAACCACUAGCAUCCCCCAAAAACAUUUAUGCAAUGAGGCUGACGCAACAGAUCAGAACGUUUAGCUUUAAAAUGUUGAUAAACAAUUAGGCUAUUUCUUCACAUUAUAAGCGCAGCAAUGCUCACAUGGCAGUAGGCUAUAAGUGUGAAUGUUCCAUUAGCGGGAAAACACCAUCAUCAAAAGUGAUUGCAAAUGCGAUUUUUGCAUGUAAUGCUUUUAUUAUAAAGGUCCGUUUUUAUGGUGAAAAUUAUUUUCCCAAAACUUGAAACUCAUGCGCUGCUUAUGUAUGCCAGUUAGGCUCUACACCCCUUGUAAAGCGGAUUCAUGUGCUUAAUUUUAAGAAGUUAUUUGGCCACUUUAGUUGUGAUACAAACCUUAUCAAAACAUAUAGGCCUAUGGGCUAGGCUACAUGAGGUGUGCGACUAUGAUUAGAAAAAGGCAUUGUUUCUUGCCUUAUGCUGGGCAUCAUUCACAAGUGAUAAUAUAUAAUUCACAAGUGAUAGGCUAAUGUUGUCACCCAUCAGACUAUUCUUGAUUUAAUCUUGUCUUUACAUAUACUGUGAAAUUAAUUUUGAUUUAGAAUGGACCAUUAUCAUGCACCUGUCUUGAAACGGGCUGGGGAAAAAAUACAUGUCAUCUCUGCACUUAAAUAGCGAAUGGAGGACGCUUUUCCCGUGGUUCAUUUUCAUGAGGAAAAGGCGCAGUGGUCUAAGGCACUGCAUCGCAGUGCUAACUGUGCCACUAGAGAUCCUGGUUCGAAUCCAGGCUCUGUCGCAGCCGGCCGCGACCGGGAGACUCAUGGGCGGCGCACAAUUGGCCCAGCGUCGUCCAGGGUAGGGGAGGGAAUGGCCGGCAGGGAUGUAGCUCAGUUGAUAGAGCAUGGCGUUUGCAACGCCAGGGUUGUGGGUUCGAUUCCCAUGGGGGGCCAGUAUAAAAAAAAAAAAUUUAAAAAAAAGGUAUUCACUAACUGUAAGUCGCUCUGGAUAAGAGCGUCUGCUAAAAUGACUAAAAAUGUAAAAUACUCCUGUUGUAAAGAGAAGCAAUGUGCUUAAUAUUAGGAAAGUUGAGAAAUAAAUAUAGUAGGCCUAGCCUAUAGAAAGCUGAUGGGAUCCUCCUCUUUUUAAUAGAGGCCAUUCUCGCGCAAUUGCAUAGCCUAUAGAAAUGUUGUGCAACAUGAGCUCAUGGGCUCUAAUGAAGUAUUUUAUUUUAUUUUCAAUUACAUUUGCAUUUUACAUUUUUUAAAACAUUUUAGUCAUUUAGCAGACGCUCUUAUCCAGAGCGACUUACAGUUAGUGAGUGCAUACAUUAUUUUUUGUAUUUUUCAUACUGGCCCCCCGUGGGAAUCAAACCCACAACCCUGGCGUUGCAAACGCCAUGCUCUACCAACUGAGCUACAUCCCUGCCGGCCAUUCCCUCCCCUACCCUGGACGACGCUGGGCCAAUUGUGCGCAGCCCCAUGGGUCUACCGGUCGCGGCCGGCUAUGACAGAGCCUGGAUUCAAACCAGGAUCUCUAGUGGCACAGCUAGCACUGCGAUGCAGUGCCUUAGACCACUGCGCCACUCGGGAGGUUACUUAAAAUUGUUUUCAACAUAACAGUAUUCCAAAUAUAUUCAGGAAUGUUUAGAAUUAUUGUUUGAAGUCAACAUAACCACUGUUCCACUCACAGGCCUAAGCUGGUAGGUGGGUAAACUGUUUGGGGUUGAGUAGUAAUCUUGGCUGAGUGUGGAGCUUUGAGGUGACUGGGGUUGGUUCUGAUGUUCUGGGGUAUUCAGGGGCAGGGGCGCAGCCUCACUGGAUCAACCUGUGACAUCGGCACACCCCUUCUUCACCCAUCCUACCUCUCCCUGACCACCAGAGAAACAUCCUUUGACUGUCCUUCUUUAGGGUGUAGUAGCAUGUUGCUAUGGCGGUCUGGUGGGAGGCAUUACUGUAGUGAUCUCCAGGCAGGGGUUGGCGUGUCAGCGGUCCAGCGAGCGUUUCUGGAUGGCCUCCGAGACGGCGGUGCGCAGCGUUGCGAUGACAGAGCGAGGGUCGUCACUGCUUACCACAGCACUGCCCGACACAAUCAUGUUAGCGCCUGCCUCAGCACACUUAUGGAUGGUAGAAGGACCCACUCCUCCGUCCACCUCAAUGUCCAGAGAGGGAAACUGACUCCUCAGCCAGCUCACCUUGGGCAUCAUGUCCUCCAUGAACUUCUGGCCUCCGAAGCCAGGCUCCACAGUCAUGACCAAAGCCAUGUUGAUCUGUCCAGCCCACGGGGCCAACUCCUCUACUGUAGUCCCAGGCUUUAUGGCCAGGCCCACCUUCAUGCCGCUCUCUCUGAUCUCCUUGAUGAGGUUUCCAGAUUUUUUUUUUUUUUUUUUUUUUGGUGGUGGCCUCUAGGUGGAAUGUGUACUGAUUGGCUCCUGCUGCUGCCAUGGGUUUCACCCACUGCUCUGGCCUUGAUACCAUCAUGUGCAUGUCAAAGAAAGGGCCCGGCCCCACACAGUUCCUCAGGCACUCCACCAUGGGAUGACCGAACGUGAUGUUGGGUACAAAAUGACCGUCCAUAACGUCGAGGUGCAAGAAGUCAGCCCCGCACUCCAUCAUUCGGACACAUUCAGUGCCCAGGCAGGCCAGGUCACUGCUGAGGAUGGACGGGCCUAUCUUUGCGCUGUAAGACAUGUUGGUGCUAUCUGCUCUGCUCUCAUCAGACUCAUCAGACUCUCAUCAGACAGAUUUGCAUUGAUGUCAGAGUGAUUAGAGGGACAAUAGAGUGCUGAGUACAAGGCAGUUAGUAAGUUUGGUAGGCUACUAAUGACCAUCAGCAGAAUCAGAGCUUGGAGAAGCUUAAUUACCGUGACUAAACGGUCACGUGGAAUUUGACUGCCUUCAUGACUCGUGACAGCCGGUGUGGCGGAAAUAUGGUCACCGCAACAGGCCUGUGCCAGGCACCUACUACCAUACCCCGUUCAAAGGCACUUAAAAAUGUUGUCUUGCCCAUUCUGUCUCCUCCCCUUCAUCUACACUUAUUGAAGUGGAUCAAUAAGGGAUCAUAGCUUUCACCUGGAUUCACCUGGUCAGUCUAAAGCCUUGUUCACACUGCAGGCCUUAAUGCUCAAAUAAGUUUUGUUUUUCAAAUCCGUUUUGAACUACUGACUGUCUAAACAGCAAGUUACAAGUAACCAAAUCGGAUUUGCGUGUUCAGACAGCAGUCAUUUGCUGACAAGCCUAUGCUAGUUGUCAUAGUAAUGGCGUGUGUGUGCAGUGGUGUAGGCUGAUUGGUGGUGGUGCUUGUGCUUCCUAUCACUCAGAAGUUAUGUAGCAUGCUAAGGUGACAACAAUGCCUGCCAUGGAUGUUUCCCAGUUGCUUUGAAUGUUCAAAAUCAUAGUGUAAGAACACUUUUAAUGCCUCAAAGGAUAACAUGAUCCAACUUUCAAAACAAAUCCUUUCUGGCUAGCCACAGCAGUCAACUAGCUAGCUAGCUGUUUAGCUUUAUAGCACAUUCACUAAUUUGUUUGUAAACAAUUAACAAGCUAGUUAGCUACCACAUGUUCUUGUCAAACUGUCAGAGUAGCCAGCAAGCAACAAGAUAUGCCAAAUAACAGUUUAAAAACCACUUGAGGGCAAAUAAAUCAGAUUUGAGCAUUCAGACAAAAGUCACAUGGCCAGGAAUCAGAUUUGUAUCUGACGUCAAACCACCUACGAAGGUGGUUUUGAAAUUUGGCCUGAAAUAUCAGAUUCCAUGGGCUUUUUGGCUGUUCAGACUGCAGGAAAAUAAACAGAUUUGAAUCGGAGAUGCAAAUAAAUAGGAUUAGAAACUGCCAAUGAUAUGCAAAUGUCAUGGAAAGAGUAGGUGUUCAUAAUGUUUUGUACACUCAGUGAAUGUGUUCUUGUGCGAUAUACUCAUUCAAUGAUAUAUUAAUUCACUAUCACACUGAAGAUGUUUGCUACAUUAAUAAGGUUAAAUGUUUUUCAUGGUUUACAUGUUCUUCCUCUGACAAAGGUAAACACAUCCCUGGAGCAUGAGAUGCACUCUACCGCAGAUCCAUCUGUCCACAAAAAACAAGGCGCUGCCUUAGAGAGUUGUGUGUCUGCUACUGAGACACCA